AUGGAGAAAUCAUACUCAAUGAAACAAUGGAAGAAAGGUCCUGCUCGGGGUAAAGGCGGUCCACAAAACGCGCUGUGUCAAUACCGCGGAGUCAGGCAAAGGACGUGGGGCAAAUGGGUGGCUGAGAUCAGAGAGCCCAAGAAGAGGGCAAGGCUUUGGCUUGGCUCUUUUGCUACGGCUGAAGAAGCAGCCAUGGCUUAUGAUGAAGCUGCCCUGAAACUCUAUGGUCACGACGCUUAUCUCAACUUACCUCAUCUUCAGCGGAAUCCGGGACCUUCUCAGAGUAACUCGCAGAGGUUUAAAUGGGUACCUUCGAGGAAGUUUAUCUCUAUGUUUCCUUCUUGUGGUAUGCUUAAUGUGAAUGCUCAGCCUAGUGUUCACAUUAUCCAGCAAAAACUAGAGGAACUCAAGAAAACUGGACUUCUAUCUCAAUCCUAUUCUUCUAGCUCUUCCUCCACCGAAUCGAAGACUAAUACUACUACCCUUCUUGAUGAAAAGACCAGCAAGGGAGAAACAGAGAAGAUGUUAGAAGGUGAUGAUGAUGAACAGAAGAAACCAGAGAUCGACCUGACUGAGUUUCUUCAGCAGCUAGGAAUCUUGAAGGAUGAAAGCCAUCAAGCAGAAGCAAGUGAGGUAGCAGAGUGUCAUUCGACUCCGCCCUGGAACGAGCAAGAAGAAACUGGAAGUCCUUUCAAGGCUCAGAGUUUCAGCUGGGACACGCUGAUCGAGAUGCCAAGAAGUGAAACCGCAACUAUGCAGUUUGAUAUGCAGUUUGACUCCAGCAGUUUUGGAAUCUACGAUUUUGAAGAUGACCUAGCUUUUCCAUCCAUCUGGAACUUCUGCGGAAGCUUAGAUUGA